AUGUUCUUUUCAAACUUCUUGAUUUGUUUCUGGUUGUUAUAUGAUUGUCUGUUUUGUAUGAAGAUCCACGUAAAGAAUCGAGCAGACGGUAGUGCGGUGCAAAUUGAACUCUCCCCCACAGCCACUAUAGAAGAGCUGCGCGCAAAAAUAUGUGCUCAACUUGCUAAAUCGUGUGAUCCACGAACGAUACGAAUAUUUUUGGGUCCAGAGCAGUUGGAUCUUGAUGAUAGCGUCACUUUGAGGGACUCUGGAAUUGUGAGCGGUGACAGAUUGUUUGUAGAAAUGGGCGCUCCUUCAACAUCAUCAGCUCCUCAAAAAUCCCUGAACUCUACUGCAAAUGAGCAGACCAGAAAUCGUGACGAUGAGAACAUGGAUCAGGAUAGCGAAUCCGACAGGGUCACAAUGUUUAGGGACCUCGUUAUGCGAAACACUAGAGAUUAUAUGGAGGAUUCCGGAUAUUCUAACACGUCAUUACGAUCUUGGCUCGCAGAUAACAUAUCGGGCGCAGAGCUUCGUUACGAACGUCGGGCGCGUGGUCAAAUCUCAAAUAUCUUCAUUUCGAUAACGGUGUUUUCACAACCAAGUCUUUCUGCUGUAGUGAAUGUUGGGAGAAUUGUGGAUCUUUCUCGUAAACUUCUGUCUUCGUUCACAGUACAACCAGCUUCUGUCAAAGACAAUGUGAUCAGCGGUAUUGCCCUUGCGCUUUCUCGUUCUGCGGCUACUGGAGUAACACUUGUUCACUUAUUUUCUUUGCCUUGUAUUCGCGAGCAAAUCUUGAAGCCCAUGGAACCCCGUUCCGUCGUCCGCCUGUCUAGUGUGAAUCGACUUUUACGUUCGAUUCUGUGUGCCCCAUCUGUCGAUCGUAGUUACUGGAUGAAUAGAUUGAGUUGUGACUUCGGCGCACUGAAGGUGCAGAAAGCGCAACAAAACGGCAGGACUUUCCGCAAUGUUUAUGUGGAAGAAUAUGCGGCUAAGAAACUAGCGCAACGAGGAGGUUCAUUGCUGGAGGCGCAGUUUGCUUCAAUCCCACGCAGACAGAUCAUUCCACCUGAUGUGCCCGAUCCUCCUCGCAACCCCUAUGGUCCUCACCCACCAGUAAAUCCACGGGCACCUGAUCCUCCGCGUCAGCCUGAUCCGAUCUUUCCGGCUCCUGAUCCUCUUCAACCGAUUCCUGAUCCAAAUCCUCUCGUCCAACCACCAAGAGUGAAUCCCUUUUUCCCAGAUGCUCCUUUCGGUGAAAGAAAUCGGUUUGAUCCAUUUAAUCCGGAUAAUCGUGAAAUUUUUCCUGGGCGGCCCAAUCAAGGUGUCCCUCGAGGUGGUCCUCGUUAUUUCCCUGCGAACAGAUGGGAUCGUGGUAAUGAUUUUAUUUGA